CUGCGGAAGUCGGAAGAAGAGGAGAAAUGGGAUAUCCGACAGCCCUCGAACGCAGCACGUGUUUAGACAGCGGAUGCUGGCCACCAUCAGGAUCAUUAUGGGCAGCUAGCAGCUGGUCUGCGUUUCAGCAUCAGCAGCAGCAUCCAUAUGGCUGACAGACUUAUUGGGGCAUUUUAAGAAGAAACAUAAGAAGAAGUGAAGAUGGACUCUAUCUCUAUGAUGGGCAGCAGCAGGAGCCCCGUCUUUCUCACAGCGUCCUCUUCCUCCCACCACUUCCACCAUUCCCAGUCCUGUUUCCUCUCCCACACCUUGAAGAACGGCGUCAGGCUUGGCGACGCCGGCGCUUCCUGUUGCCCCGUUCAGCCCGCCGUGGCCAUCCUGGGCUCGGGCGAUUUCUCCAAGUGCCUGACCGUGCGCCUGCUGCGCUCGGGCUUCCACGUGGUGGUGGGCAGCCGCCAUCCCAAACUGGCGGCCCAGUCGUUCCCACACGUGGUGGAUGUGACGCACCACGAGGAUGCUGUGGGGAAGGCCGGCAUUGUGUUCCUGGCGAUCCGCCGUGAGCACUACUCUCUCCUGUGGGACCUUAAACAUCUCCUGGAAGGGAAGAUCCUGGUGGAUGUGAGUAACAACAGGAGGGUGAACCAGUAUCCAGAGUCCAACGCUGAGUAUCUGGCUUCUCUGCUGCCAGACUCCAUCAUUGUCAAAGGCUUCAAUGUCAUCUCAGCCUGGGCCAUGCAACAGAGCUGCCCCAAAGACGCCAGCUGUCAGGUGUUCAUCUGCAGCGACUCCGUGGAGGCCCGGCAGCAGAUCAUGGAGCUCGCCCGCCAGCUCAGCUUCCAGCCCGUGGACAUGGGCACCCUGUCGUCGUCGCGGGACAUCGAGAACAUGCCCAUACAGCUGUUCCCCGGCUGGAGGGGCCCGGUGCUCGCUGCCGUGGCCCUGUCCAUCUUCUUCUUUGCCUACUCCUUCGUGCGAGACAUCAUCCACCCUUAUGUGAAGUACAAGCAGAGCGACUUCUACAAGAUCCCCAUAGAGAUGGUGAACCGGACGCUGCCCACUGUUGCCGUCACUCUUUUGGCCCUGGUGUACCUGGCAGGCCAGCUGGCAGCCGCUCACCAGCUCUACUACGGGACCAAGUACAGGCACUUCCCGCACUGGCUGGAGGGCUGGCUGCAGAGCCGGAAGCAGCUGGGUCUCCUCAGCUUCUUCCUGGCUGCCAUCCACGUCCUCUACAGCCUCUGUCUGCCCAUGAGGAGAUCAGAGCGGUACCUGCUGCUCAACACUGCCUACCAGCAGGUCCACGCUAACGUGGAGAACGCGUGGAACGAGGAGGAGGUGUGGAGGGUGGAGAUGUACGUGUCCUUUGGGGUGAUGAGUCUGGGACUCCUGUCACUCCUGGCCAUCACCUCCAUCCCCUCCGUCCACAGCAUGCUCAACUGGAGGGAGUUCAGCUUCAUACAGUCCACUCUGGGGUACAUCGCCCUGCUCAUCGCCACCUUCCACGGCCUGCUGUUCGGCUGGAAGCGGGCCUUCGAGGAGGAGGCCUACCGCUUCUACCUGCCCCCGAGCUUCAUGGUGGCCCUGGCCCUGCCCGUGUGCGUCAUACUGGGGAAGCUUCUCAUGCUCCUCCCUUGUGUCGCUCGCAGGCUGCACAGGAUCCGCCGGGGUCAGGACAGCAGCCAGUACCGGUGCCAGCGCCUGGAGCCAGUGGGCUCGGCCGCCCACGUGUCACCGGAGAGAGUCACCAUCAUGUGAUCGCUGCUGCAUUACUGGGAUAUUCACAUAUGAAAUCAUAGUUAGCUAAGGGCAAAAUAUUACUUCGUACUGUAGUUGUGUAUUUUUCUGACAUGUGUAUGUUAUUGCUGUAACUACCGUGGCUACUGAUUUUGUACUCAUACUUUGCUACUAACUAAUACCAGUCUUGUAUUAUUAGUAUAUGGAACAGCUGAGUCGGAGAAAAUACCCCAGAGUGUGGGGCCGGAAGUCUGAGGGUAAGAACUGAAAAGGUGAAGUGAUGAAGUGUUCACUCAGCAGCUGUGACCUGGUGAAUAGAAAGAAUAGAUACCGUACUGAGCGGUAUUAGAGCUAGAACAAGCUCCCGGGCUUUAAAUCGGUCAGUGUCACAACUCGAACUUAAGCAUCCUGAGGUUUUGUUGAUGUUUCUCUUUCAGUCUUGACAAACUGAAUGAUCUUCAUACAUCAACACGUUUUGCACACCCCGUUAUUAUCUUGUAAUAACGCAGAUGAUGGGGAAGCACAGGCGUCAAAGUCGUUUCAUUUCUGCAUAUUCACCACCUGCUGACCAUAGACGUAGCGGCAGCACUGUUUUCUGUGUCCAUCUGUCCUGCUCUAAUCGGUGGGAUCACACAUUUCAGUUAGACUAUCACAGUGAUCUCUGUUAGUUAAUAUUUUAUUGAAUGCAGUAAAGAUAAAGGCAUCAAAAACUGAAGUAUACAGUAGCUGAAACAGUUUGUUAUUUUUAUUAUUCGUACGGUAACCUGAUACAUUGUAAUGUAUUUUUUCUGUGCAGUUGUCUUUACAUGUAUACACGUAUUGUUACUAAGCAAUAAAUCCCUGUGUAUUUUAGACAUUAA